UUUUGUCUAUUUGUUUGUUUUUUACUCCUUAUUUUUUUUGUGUGUACAAAUCGGAACCUAUUGCUGAAAGUUGUGACAAUGGCUGGGCUUAGUUUGGUGACUUUUCUCCGCGUUCUUCUGUUACUUUUUCCACUUUUUGUGACGGAGAACUUUGCCUACAGCGGUGCGGGCAUUGUUUACACGCGUGAACAGCUGUUUGCGCUGAGCGAGCCUGCGCUGCUGCCCGGAGACAGACCUGUGGUCCCGCAGGAGCUACGGAGGAGACGCCGGGGGUGCAGGUCUGGAGCAAAACGGAGAGAGAAACAGAGAAGACACAAGCCAGCGGUCCCGGCGAUUAUCAUGGGGAACGUGAGGUCUUUGGGGAAUAAGACGGACGAACUCGCAGCGCUGGUGAAAACACAGCGGGAAUACCGUGAGUGCAGCAUCUUCUGCUUCAGCGAGACUUGGCUGCACUCAAACAUCCCGGACAACAGCGUCUGUGUGCCUGGCUACAGCGUGGUACGAGGAGACAGAGACUGGUCCACAAGUCGGAAGAAGAAGGGUGGCGGGCUUGCACUUUAUGUGAGUGAGAGGUGGUGCAAUCCCGGACAUGUCACCGUAAAGGAACGGCUCUGCACCCCGGACAUUGAGCUGCUGGCUGUGGGGAUGCGCCCGUAUUAUUUACCAAGGGAGUUCAUGUCGACCAUCGUCAUCGCUGUGUACAUUCCCCCGUCUGCUGAUGCAGCAUUGGCCUGUGAAGUCAUCAGCUCCACUGCUGCUAAACUACAAACGGACCACCCCGAUGCAUUCAUGAGAUCCCUCGGAAAGAGAGGAGGUUAAAGUAAAAACAAAAGGAGCGGCGGGAGGCUGCUAAAGGCUGUAGAUCCCUUGCCAGCUGGACGACAGAGAGCACAAAAGGUAAGAAUAACACAUGUACCAGCCAUUCACAUUGCAAAGGUAUUCAGUUAGAGAAAAUACCUACCUACCUACCGACCUACCUACAUGUUGUUGUGACAAACAGAGACACAAACACAGAGAGAUACAGAUACAAGCACCCCUCCUCUAUUCUCUUUCUCCCAUUAUUAAUGUUCCACUUUCAGUUACAGUUAGUUAUAAAAUUGAAAACAUGUCUAUUAAUAAAUACAGGAUGAACCAUUUCAGGAUGAAGUCAUGUUUGUGUCAAAACAAUUGGUUGCAUAUGGUUUUACUGAGGUUAGAAAACAAAAAUAAAGCUGUGAAAUUAAAAUAUUGAGGUGUCAGAAUUUAUUAUUUUUUUUCCCUCCUAUUUGAUUAAAACUGAAAAGCAAGGACUCCAGGAAGAGCAGCCACAGUUAAACAGUCCAUUGUCUAAUGGUCAUCUAAAUUCAACUUAAUACAUUAUCUGCUUCAUAUGCCCUAAAUUACUGCGCAGCUUGAAUUAUGGCUUUGCGGAUAUAGGCUGUAUCUUCACCCCUCCAGAAGCUGUUCAAUGUACCCCAUCAGGCACUGGCCUCUAACAAAUAAAUGAGGUGUGGACAAUUAUAUGGUAUGUUGUGAUUCCAUGCUACAUUCUUUAAGAAUAUGGUUUGCUACCAUUCAACUGGUUAAAUUGUAAGACAUGUUUCUGUAUGGUGUUUCAAAUUUGUG